GGCAUACCAAAACCGACGUUUACGCGAAAUAUUCUACAAUCAUAGAAGCUUUAGUCACACCUAUUCGGUUCCAAUCUAUCCGUUCUUAAAUUUUCAGCAGUGGGGCCAGGAACCACGCUGCUCUUGUACGUUCUGGGGGUAACCAACUGUCUGGAUUUCGAACGUUCAAGCUUAUGGCAUGGCAUGGCAGUUUGAGAAAUUGAUGUGCGGUUUUGUUGUGGGGAGUCGUUAGUCACGCUGCAACAUGCAAUGUACCGUAUAAACUCAGUGAACUCAGCUCAAGCCCAUUCCUUUUUGAGAAUUAGCUUUCUCGUUUCAAAUAAGAUGGAUUGAAUGGAAUAUAUUAUAAGGAUAAAGUAAGUAUAGUGAAUGAUUUCCCUCGCUUUAGCGACGGAGAUGGCACUUAAAAGAGUUUGGGCACAUGCUGAGUUAAGUGAGUUUAUACGAUAUGGUACCUGAUCUUCCUCAUCACUCAGUCCAAGUAAGGGAUUCUCGGCACCUAGGCCACUCUAAAAUUUAUUCUGUUUUUCUCUCAUCAACCUCGAAAGUCGGUGGCAACGAAGAUCCCGCAUUUGCGGUGUAAUUGACUCGAUCCGAACAUCAAAUUCACCUGAUAUCUUUGCAAUGGUACUUAGUGCAGAAACUUUUAGUCUUGAUUCGGCAAUAUGGACACUCGAAAUCUAGAAACUUGCAAAUAGCGUCGGCGACUGCUGCAUUUGAAAUCCAUAGGAAAAAUGAUUCUUGGAUGAUACGAGUUAGAAAGCCAGGGAUUUCAUCUGAUCUCGCGGAGUGUUCAGUUUAUUGCAAGCUCUUCCCAUCAGCUGCGAAUCUGUAUCCUUUCCAGAGAAGCCUUUCAUAACAUUCGCAAUCAACCAUUUCUCAUUAGAUAGUCGCCUCAAGAAAAUUUCUCUACGACAUUAGAUGUGGCAGAGAUAGAGGCUAAAGAACCUGUGCCACACACUGAUGAAAAGCCAUCCUUAGAGAAGGGUAGUUCCAGCCGGGAAGAUGGAAUUGAAAUUCCAAGACAUACAAGCUUCGUCAAUGUCAUGGUAUGAAACUUUGUUUAUUCUGUAAAUUGGCAAUAAUUAAUGACUCUUAGGUCUUAGUGACAGCUUGUCUUGGUGGUUUCCUUUAUGGAUUUGCCACCAACGCGAUUCCCAGCACAGUUGCUCAGCCGACUUUUAUCGCCAAAUUUUUGAUCACUUCGCAGGCUCUACAACUCAUAGAUGGAAUUCUUGGAGGGUAAGGAAAUUAGGUUAUUUGCUUUUGGACUCUGCAGCUGACUCCAAUUAGACUCUUAGGCGGUUCUAUGGUGGGCUCUAUUUUGCAAGCACCAGUCUCCAACAAAUUUGAUCGAUGUAUCGCCAAUGCCGUGGCAGCAUGCAUUGUAAUCUUUGCGGCUGCCAUAUCAGCCGGAGCUGUCAAUGUCUCCGUGUUUAUUUCUGGUCGAUUUUUCACUGGUUUUGGCGCUGGUAUGGUUCUCGCCAACUCUCCAGCGUAUAUGAGUGAAGUUGCGCAUCCUCACAACCGUGGUAUGCUUGUUGGACUCCAGGGUAUUGAUAUUUGCCGCAUCUAUCAUGGCUCCAGUCUGCGCACUGGGAUUCAAUUUUGUCGAAGCUGAUAUCCAAUGGAGAUUGGUUUUCAUCGUACUCUGCGGAGACUAUCUCGGUACACCUGCAGGUCCUGGUGUCAGAGCACUCGUUGCUCUUUACUUCAUCAUGGGUGCAUUCUUCACUUCGACGAUCGAGUGUACUUCCUACAUUUACGGCUCCGAAAUUUGGCCAACGCAUUUACGUAGUGAGUGUUCCACCAUUGCAUAUCUCAGUUUCUUUGGAAACGCUAUCGCGUGUAGUGCUUCCGUCUCUGUUGGUUUGAACAAUAUUGGCUGGAAGUUUUACAUGAUUCUUAUCUGUGUUACUGUCGUCACCACCAUCAUGAUUGUUAUUUGGUUCCUGGAUGUAAUGCUUCCAUCAUAACACCCCAUUUUAAUUGUGACUAAUAAAUGAUAGACAAUGGGCUUAACAUUGGAGGAGAUUUAAUGUUACAUUUGGCGAAAAAGCCGAAUUGGAGCUUAAGGGUGCUCUUUACAACGAGAAUGAGUCGACGACAUCUGAUCCUUCCAAGCCAGAAUCUGCUGUAGCCGCUUAAAACCACCACCACGCCCUAAAUACAGGCAUACGACUUUUUAUGCCGACUAUGCCAAUCCUGAAUGGCCCAAAGUAUAUAAAUCUCCGACGGAACGAAGACAAUGAAGACAACCUAGAAUGUUAUGACGACGGCCUUAAUGAUUAAUUAGUAAUAACAUUUUUUUAAAAACAUUUAACGCGCGUCAUGUUCUA